AGUAGCUGUGGCAGGACCGCUCUUAUUGAAAACAGGCCACUAUUGAUCGGUGAAGAUUUAUCAGAAGGUGAGGCGAAGGUUUUGCAAGAAUAUGGUUGGAUACCAAACACUGGGCUUGGGACGUUGCUGAACUACCGCGAUCGGGUGGUUCAUGACAGGUGGAACGAGAAAUAUAGCACAGAUUGGAGGAUGAAGAUUGGAAAGCUUCUAAUGAAUGGUUAUUCUGAGGGGGAAUUGAUCAUAACUCAUGUUCCACUGAAUUCAGAAGAAAUCAAGUUGGAGAAUCCUUGAUGAGAUCUCCACUGUAUACAUGGGCUUGUGGUGGCGUCCAUAGACAACCUUCCUCUCGGUGGGUGUUGUAAAGUUGUAGUGUUCACCAUGGAUAUGUCAACAUGUUGUGGGUAUUCAUGUGCACCUGUAUGUAUGACAUAGUGUUCGUUUAGCAGGCGCUGCAAAGAUGGGGUAAGGCCAGCAGUCGCCAUGUGAAUAACCUUAUUAUGUCAUAGGAACAUGGAGAAGGCUGCUAGCGAGUACUUAGCUAGUCUCAUCGAAACUGAAAUGGUGUACUGUAGCGUAUGGGUCCUGGAAUAAGUGAACAGUACUGUAUCUGCUGUAACAAGAAGAUGGUUUAUCCAUGAUGACAUUAACUUUUAAGUGUUUUGGUAUCCUUGUUGAAA